AAUCUGGUGGACGCCUUCUUGGGAGCCGUUAUCACUGUUGUCUUCUCAGUGACCAUAUAUUUAGUCACUGCACAGAUCGGAGCCCUCUAUGAAAAGCGUUUUGGCUAUUACUUACUGUCGAUGAUACUGUCCACCCUAUGCUCUCAGGGCAUGUCGUACACGUUCAGUAUAAUAUCGACCAAAAAUUUACGGACAACCCUUAUACUAGGAAUCGGAGGCAAUCUCUUGAACACACUGUUCAGCGGCUUUUUGUUACCGGUCGCUGAGAUGAACCGAUUCAUGCAAUUCAUAGCAAACAUAUCGUACGUGAAGGCGUCGUUUGAGUCUCAGAUAUAUGCCAUCUAUGGCUUCAACAGAUGUGACGCCCAACUCAAUCACUACUCAUCCAUAUUGUAUCGCAUGAAACUCACUGAAGAUAGCUUUCAGAUGAAUAUGACUCUACUGGUGAUGCAGACAAUCUUCUGGAGG